GCCCGAUGGACGCCGGGAAAUGGAGUUCCCGGGUGGACGGGGGCGGCCGCCGGACUAGCUCCCGCGCGUCCGGGCCGGGGAAACCGAGGGCGUCCCGGCGGCUGGGGGCUCAGCACAUGGUGCGGACCCCUUGGGGGCCCAGCUCGCCGAGCCGGCCAUGCGGCUGGCCGCUCUGGUGGGCUCGCUGCGGCCCGCGUGGCCGCUGCUGCUGGGACUGUCGCUGGGCUGCACCCUCAGCCUGCUGCGCGUCUCCUGGGGGCAGGCCGGGGGCCGUGACCCCUGCCCCCAGGGCCCGCCCGCCCCGGGCCGCCGCCCCUCCCCUCCCGCCGGGAGCCCCCAGGGGGCGGCGGCUGCCUUCGAGCCACGCAUCGUCCCGUACGCCCGCGACCCCAGCAAGCCGCAGCGGAAGGUGCUCCGGACGCGCUACAUCCAGACCGAGUUGGGUUUUCAUGAGAGGCUGUUUGCAGCUGUGCUGACCUCCAAGGCCACCCUGAACACUUUGGCGGUGGCUGUGAACAAGACAGUGGGCCACCACUUCACCCACCUGCUCUACUUCACGGGAUUGCGCAAUGCCAGGGUCCCACAUGGUUUAGCACUAGUGCACCAUGGUGACGAGCGACCCGUCUGGCUGAUGUAUGAGACGAUGCGAUACAUUCACCAGCACUUUGGGGGCGACUUUGACUGGUUCUUCAUCAUGCAAGAUGACACCUAUGCCCAAGCAGAGCAAAUCAAGACUCUUGUGUCCCACCUGAGCAUUAACCAAGAUGUCUACCUAGGCCGGGCUGAAGAGUUCAUUGGAGGGGAUGAGCAGACACACUACUGCCAUGGAGGCUUUGGCUACCUCCUCUCCCGUAGCCUGCUGCUCAAGCUGUCCCCAUUCCUGGACAGCUGUCGCAAUGAAAUACUCAGUGUGCGCCCUGAUGAAUGGCUGGGACGCUGUCUCGUAGACUUCCUUGGCAUCAGCUGUGUCUCUCAGCAUCAGGGACAGUAUUAUCGCUCUUUUGAACUAGCUAAGAAUGCAGACCCAGAAAAAGAAACGGGAGAAGAGUUUUGGGGAGCAAUGGUGGUGCAUCCUGUGGCCGAGGAAACUCUCAUGUAUCGCCUGCACAAGCGGUUCAGUAGGAUCCAGUUGGAUCGGACCUAUCAAGAGAUCCAGCAGCUGCAGGUUCAGAUCCAGAACCUGACCGCCCUGCUACCAAACAGGGAGGCUGGCCUGGCGUGGCCUGUGGGCAUUAAUGCCCCCUUUGUGCCCAGGUCCCGCUUUGAGGUGCUCAGCUGGGACUACUUCACGGAGCGGCACCUGUUCUCGUGCCACAGUGGGGCCCCCAAGUGUGAGCUGGCAGGAGCCAGUAAGGCAGAUGUGGAUGACAUCGUCCAGGCUGCCCUCAAGCAGCUCAACCGGCACUACCAGCCGUGGCUGCGCUUCCACAAGAGGCAGCUCCUGAACGGGUACCGGCGCUUUGACCCCAUGCGGGGCAUGGAGUACACGUUGGAUCUGCUGCUGGAGGCGGUCACUCAGAAGGGUCACCGCCAUCUGCUUGCCAAGCGAGUGAGCCUCCUCCGGCCCCUGAGCAAGGUGGAGAUCAUCCCCAUGCCCUACGUGACUGAAGCCACGCGGGUCCAGCUGGUGCUGCCGGUGGCUGUGCAGGAGGCGGACUAUGUGAGCAGCUUCCUGGACAUGUUUGCUGUGAACGUGUUGGAUGCCCAUGAUAAUGCUGGGCUGUCUCUACUUCUCAUCUACGACCCCUACGGCGCCCGGCAGGCCACCCAGACAGACGCCUUUGCCCGGGUCAAGGCCAUGGUGGCUGAGCUCGAGAAGCGCUACGUGGAGGUCCGGGUCCCCUGGAUGAGCAUGAAGAUGGAGGCCCCCUCCCAGGUGAAACUGAUGGACACCAUCUCCAAGAAGCACCCCGUGGACACCCUCUUCUUCCUGACCAGUGUCUGGACGGAGGUCAGCCCGGAUGUCCUCAACCGCUGCCGUUUGAACGCCAUCAGUGGCCGGCAGGUCUUCUUCCCGGCACACUUCCAGGAGUUCAAUCCAGUGCUGGUCUUCCAGGGUGAGCAGCCGGCCGCUUCUCCUGGCACAGACUUUCCGCAGGACGGGCGCUUUGACCGGCACGUCUUUGCCGAGGCCUGCUUCUACAACGCAGACUACAUGUCUGCCCGUGCUAGGUUGGCAGCGGACACCCUGGGCCGGGAGGAGGGCCUGGAAGACGUGGAGGUCUUGGACCUUUUUCUGCACCACUCUGAGCUGCACCUUUUCCGAGCGGCAGAGCCGGGGCUGGUUCAGAAGUAUGCGCUGAGAAGCUGCGAGUCCCGCCUGAGUGAGGAGCACUACCACCGCUGCGUCCUCAGCAACCUGCAGGGGCUGGCCUCCCGUGCCCAUCUGGCCGUGGCACUCUUUGAGCCAGAACAAGGCAAUAGCACCUAGGGGGCCUGGGUGGGGCUGCCGAAGUGCUGCCUCGUCAGAGAUUAAAGUUCUCUUGCCGG